UCGUUUUUUUCGCCACCUGUAAGCAAGCGUCUCCUUUUACGCCGCUUUAAACAAACCACGGUGUAAAGAAAAGACGUCCUAGUACGCUGGGGGGUUUUUUGUCUUUGAGAAGGGACCUUUUCGGCUGUCGGUACCGGCCGGUCCAUGCGCCUUCACCCCGGUGUCAGCCUGCAGAGCAUGAGAGCGCUAACGUUUGGGCUAACCCUGGUCCGACAUGGGGAAACACCGUACAACAAAGAAGGACUGCUUCAAGGCCAGGCUAUAGAUUCACCUUUAUCCGAGGUCGGGCUGCAGCAGGCCGAAGCUGCAGGACGAUACCUGAAGGAUGUCAAGUUCAGCAACGUGUUCGUCAGUGACAUGCUGCGAGCCGUGCAGACUGCAGAAACGAUAUCGAAACACAACAGCAGCUGUUUGGGUCUUCCGAUGGUGCGCGAUCCUUUACUCAAAGAGAAAAGCUUCGGGAUAGCUGAAGGGAAGAAAGUGCAGGACUUGAGAGAGAUGGCCAAGGCAGCCGGUCAGACGUUUCCAGGCUUCACGCCUCCAAACGGGGAAACUCAGGAGCAGGUGAAGCAGCGGUUCAAAGAGUUUUUGGAGAAAAUGCUGCAACAGAUCGGUGCUGAACACUGGCACCACAGAGGCCAGGAUGAAACCUCCUGUUCUGCGCCGCCGGAGACGUCUCCUGUCGAGGGGACGGCGGACGACGGGCUCAGGGGCGUCCCGGUCCACGCCUUGGUCGUCACCCACGGGGCUUACAUGUGCGUGGCGGUGCGCUACUUUGUGGAGGAGCUGCACUGCUGCUUGCCUCAGGGUUGCGACAAAGCGCACAUGUUCUCCUUGAGUCCUAACACAGGCCUGUGUCGUUUCAUACUGACCGUAGGAGAAGAGCAGAGUAGGUUUGUUUUAUCUGGGAUCCGCUGCGUGUUCGUCCACAGGGCGGAUCAUGUUAAGCAGUAGGAGAGGACAGAGAUCUGAAGGACUGUGCAGGAUUCAACGGGACAGAACAACAACCUGCUACUGAACACUUACAAUUUAGAUGAUAAAUAUAAAGUGUGGAUCUCACAGUGAUUAAACUUCUCAAAUAUCAGAUUCAAGUAAAGAGAUGAAGCACUAGUUAAUAAAUUGGAGAUCGAUAAGUUAAGGACUAAAAGCACCUUUAAUAUUUGAUGCAGCUGCAGAUCAUAAACCACGUUUCAUGCGCAGGAUGACAAAGCUGUUUCUGGUGAUGAGCGCCUUCGUUUCACCUCAGGCGGAUAGUUUGUGUUGCAGGGAAGUGUCAUCAUCACACCGUUACCGCCUGGCUGUUCAUUACUGUAAACGUGGGCAGCUUUGGGCUCUAAUGAGUCCGUGUUUCUAUUUUUAUCCUCCGGUAGUUCACAGAUUCUACGCAGGCAGUCGGAGCGCCGCUGCCUCGGUGUUUACUUUUUGGAAAUCAGUGACUUUUUCAUUGUUGUGAAUUAACACUUGAGUCAACAAGGACAAAACGAAUGCCGCAACCUUGUGUGUUGUGCUGCAGAGUGUGUUCUGCUCUGCACUCCGUCCUCCGUGGAAACACUUUUAUUUAUAGUAGAUGAGCGCUUUUACCUCAAUGCCAUAGAAUGUACAGUGAGCAACUGCUGAGCUGUACACAGGAAAAACAAUUAUAGAUUCAGGAUGACAACAGGUAUUAAUGACUUUGUAAAUGCCUGCUUUUAGACAUAAGAGGUUCGGUCUAUAAAAUGCUUCUGCAUCACAGUGAUACCUGACAGACUUUGUCUUCUUCUGAUAAAACUCCCUUAAAAACACA